UCUGUCGACUCCUGCUUCUGCCUGCCUGCCCGCUUGCCUGCCUGCUUGCCGACUUGCCUGCCUGCCCUAGCAGCGGAGGGAAACUUUACUAUAUUCAGCCCCUACGUUAUAUACCAUCCACCUCGACCACCUUUCUGCGAUCUCUGCGAUAUCUCGAUCUAUCCUCACUCCAACCUUUAUUUGGAUUCAAAGUGUGCCUCUGUCCCACUCUAUCCUUGAUGCAGCUCCAGAUGCAAAGUCAACGUUAUGAUAGACAGCAACAGCAGCAACAACAGCAGCGGUCCGAACGAAGCCCAGAACGAACACCUUCCCUGAACACGGACUACCACUUCGACCUUGCCACGGAGAUUCAAGCACGAUAUCAGCCUCAACAUCAGCAAUACCAGCACCAGCACCAGUUCCAGAGUCCGAGCCAGAACCAACACCACCAACAGAGAGCCAGAGACAGGGACGACAUGUCGAUGGCGGGAGCGCGCAGGACGUCCAUAAACGGAGGCAGCACAAACGGCGGUAACAACAAUAAGGACUCGUAUCGCGCGCGAGACGAUGGAUGCCGGCUUCGUUCCCCCCCUUCGUCACCACGGCUACAGCCGACGACGACCGCGACCCCGAGCGCAAACACAACCCGGACAACCACACCGCGGAAUGGACGAAAUGAACACCGAUUGACCCUGCCGAUUUCAAGGCGAUUGUUACGGAGCGACUGGGUGAACCUGGAGGGACUGGUUCAGUGCGCCUUGGGAUGCCUCGGAAAGGAGGAAUGCACAGGCAUAAGCGAGCUUGUACUUGUGUACUUAACAUCCUCCCGUCCUCAUCCUCGUCCUCCCUUAUCCCCUUCCCUUCUUCUUUUUCUUCUUCAACUUCAACUUCAGCUAUCCGCUGGGGUUGAAGGGCACGGCUGCAUCUGAGACCAUCCAAGGCGCCCUAUAACCGGGUUUGUCUGAGGAACCAGAGCCAGAGUGUCGGGGUCUCCUUGACCAUUACCCCUCCCCAGUCUUGCAUUUCCUUUACCUACAUCCAACAUCCCCUCAUGUCUUUGGUCUCGCAUACUGGAAUCGGGGCGGUAGAAUAAUAUUCUCAUCAAUGCGCGGAAAAAUGGAUCGUCUCUCAUGUCGUCA